UAAAUAAUCCAAUAACUUCCGCUGACGAUUUUUGAAUGCAGAGCGGUUAAUGUUGGUUUACGACUCAUAAGGGCAAAGUAGCAGAAAAAUACUUGUCUCAUUCUUGACAUAGAAACGUUCGCAAAAAACUACAAUUAACAAACUAUAAUCUGAGAUGGAUCCUGCGUUGUCGAAGCUUCUUAUCGGGCUCGCUGUCAAUAUAAGUCGUAGUGAUGGAAGAAUACACAGUGCCACUGUGAAAACGGCCAAUGUCACUAAAUCUACAGUGAAUGUGGAAUGGGCUGAGAAGGGCAUUACUAAAGGAAAAGAGGUUGACAUGGAUGAGCUUAAGCAACUCAAUUCUGACCUUAUGCAACACCUUCAACCAAGCCGCCAAGAGAAGCCUGAGUCAGCACCUGGCCAUUUCGCUGCACCUGUGUCAAAACCAGCAAAAAACGUCAGAGCAUCAGAGCUUCAUUUAAGGUCAUCAAGAAUACCUACUGCUUUAGAACCUGGUCCUCAGGAUUGUUCGUCUGAAGAGUCAGCUUCUAGUAGGAUGACCACACGUCAGACUUGCUUGUUCCGACAGCCUGGCCCUCCACCUGUGGUCUCUGCAAUGGCUGCAGAGGAAGUUCUCUCUCACGAUCUUCCCUCAUCUACGAUCCCUAAACCUUCAGUUUACCAGAGGAGACUUGUUUCGAAGCCAGCUUCUCCUCUGCUACCAACCGCUGAGGCUAUUUGUGAGAGUGAGGCUUCCAAAUGUGCCCCCAUGGGUCCACCAAGCCAUCGCAUGUCUCAGGUCUCAGAAACAAACAAGAUGGCAAACAAACGGUUGUCUCUAGCAAAAAAUUCUGAAGCACAGAAGAGAGGAAAGUUUGGAGAUACAAGUCGACCUAAUAAGCAGUUUUACCAGAUGAUUGAGGAAUACAGAGAGACCCUGGAGAAAGUACCCAUGUCCUUGUCUGAUCCUGUCAAACCUCACCGAAUAUGUGUCUGCGUUCGCAAACGUCCGCUAAAUAAAAAAGAAUUGGCAAAGAAAGAGAUUGAUGUGGUCACAAUCCCUGGUAAUGGAGCCCUGCUGUUGCAUGAGCCCAAGCAGAAAGUGGAUCUAACCAAGUACCUAGAGAAUCAGACCUUUCAUUUUGAUUACUCGUUCGAUGAAGAUGCCACUAAUGACUUGGUUUACAGGUUCACCGCUAAACCUCUGGUUAAGACCGUUUUCGAAGGUGGUAUGGCGACAUGCUUCGCAUAUGGCCAAACAGGCAGUGGAAAAACCCAUACUAUGGGUGGAGACUUUUCUGGAAAGAGCCAAAACAGCUCUAAAGGGAUUUACGCCCUGGCAGCACAGGAUGUAUUUACCCUCCUAAUGCAAAAGAGAUAUGCUGAUAUGGACCUUUGCCCGUAUGUCACCUUUUUUGAGAUCUACAACGGCAAGGUGUUUGACUUGUUGAAUAAGAAAGCAAAGCUGCGUGUUUUGGAGGAUGAGAAGCAGCAGGUCAAUGUUGUUGGCCUGCAGGAAGUGCCCGUGUCAUCUGUUGAUGAUGUCAUCAAGAUGAUUGAGAGGGGAAGUGCAUGCAGAACGUCUGGCCAAACGUUUGCCAAUGCCAGCUCAUCGCGUUCACAUGCGGUUUUGCAAGUAAUUCUAAGGCGGCGGAAUUUUCUCCAUGGGAAGUUCUCUCUGGUGGACCUUGCUGGGAAUGAGCGUGGCACUGAUGUCAGCAAUAACGAUCGGCACACCAUAGUGGAGACCGCAGAGAUCAACCGCAGCCUGCUGGCUUUGAAGGAAUGUAUCCGGUCUCUGGGUCAGAACAGCGAGCACAUCCCGUUCAGGAUGAGCAAACUCACCCAGGUGCUUCGGGAUUCCUUCAUUGGAGAGAACUCUAGGACCUGCAUGAUCGCAAUGAUCUCACCGGGUAUGAGCUCUUGUGAAUACACUCUGAAUACACUACGUUAUGCAAACAGGGUAAAAGAACUGAAUGGUGUGUCUAAGGGAGCUUCAGUGGAGAAUGGUACAAAACUAGAGCUUUCUGAGGAAGGAGACUCCUCAGAGGAGGAGUCUGUUCUCCCAGCGUUUGAGGCUAUAUCCCAAGUGUCUGAGAUGGAGGAGAGGUUUUAUGAAGAACUGAAGGGGUGCAGUGAGGUUGCAAGAUCUAUGGAAUAUCCCUCGUUUGAUAUCGUAGCAAAUUUACCAGAGAUUGACACAUUCAUGAGGAAACUGCAAGAGUCUUACCAGGCUUUGAGAUCAGCCAUUGAAGCAGAACAGAGGGUCAGGAUGUCAACAAACUAAUCUAAGAUAAGAUUCAGCUGCGAACAUCUGCAAAGAAACCUCUUACAAAAGCUAAUGCAACUUCAAUUUGUUCUUUUAGUAAUCUUAUCUGCUACCUGGCUAGAGAUAUAUCAAGUGUUUGUUUUGUGUGUUUUCAUUGUUUUUGUGUACUGAAUAAAGGUUCCCUCAUCUUGAAUCUUUUGUAAAUCACAUUUUGAAUGCUGUGUCCUGGUUAUUCAAGGCCAUCUUCAUGAAUCAUCAGCUGUUUGUGCUUCAUUUACAUGCAUUUGGAUUCUUACUCCUUUCACGUCUCCGCCUUGGAACUGCGUUUUUUUUUUUUUUUUAUCCUGAUGACGCCAAAAUGAGAGGCGGUUUGAGCACCGCUUCAUACCACCCACCCUUCCCAUCACCCCCAGCCUUGACCUCCAAACCACCACUAUAUACAAGCCACAACCAUUGUAUACACUUGCCCUGCAAGCACAAGCUGACACAUGACAAAUCAAAGGCCCAAUAAACAGCUCACACUGAACAGUUUACCUCAAAGGAUGAAAAUAAACAAAAUCGGCCUGUGAGAGGGUGGCCCCACAUCUCAGUGUGAGGCCUAAAAGCUCAACUGCUUCCUCUGAGCUCUUUGGGUGGCAUUUCCCACCCCCACUCUGUAAAUGCAUAUAGCUGUGCUACAUAUAUUGCACUAAAAUGGGGAAUAUGUAUCUUGUUCUAGCACUACAUGUGAUGUACACAUACUGCUGUUUGCGUUUUACAAAACUAGUUUAAUCUGUAAUAAAUUGUCGUUUGUGAAAUCUAA